UUCUCCGCAGAGGCCUUAGAGGCAUCCAGGUGCAGCUCAGAGACGGAAAGCUGUGUCCUGUAGGAAGUGUAGGAAGCUGUCAGUCUGUUUAUGCUGCUUAGCAGAGGAAGGGAACACAUAAAGAGGUUGGGAUAGAAGAAUAUCUGAGGGUGAGUGUGUGUUGUGAGUGGAGUGUAUGUGAGCCAGUGUAUUGGACGCUGGUGCCACCUUGCCCUUCUUGGGCUUGGGGUGUUGUUAGGGAGGCUGAGGAUAUCUGUUGUCUGGCUGAGAUCUGCUGCUCUGUGGUGAGGGGGCUGUCCUCCUUCCCUCCCUCCCUUUGAAACUCGGGGCCUUGAGCUGCUCUGAUCACCAUUAUCCUCUCUUGUUUUGCUAUGACCUUCUAAACAGCUCCACUUCAAACUAGUUUGAGCAAGAGAUUCCCAAGAAAUCUUUCCAACCUCUGAUGGCCACCCUAGAGUCCAGAAGGAAGCAGGCCAGUCUACCAGCAGUAUCCUCAUAGGAGAGAGUGACAGCAUCAGGAAGCUCCUGGCCAGCUUCCCAGAGAGUUCAGCUUUGAGGAUGGAAUCAGAUGGGGGAUCCUUAUCCCCACCAGAAGCUGUCGCCCCUGUAGAGGUAUCCAAUGCUGGGCCUGGCAGCUCUUCCCUGGGGAAGCCCCAAGUGCUCCCCAUUCGGCCCAGCACCUAUCAAGGGGAACUUGGCAGCCAGUGUACAGCAGGGAGCAACCUUCUAGAUCCUGGCCUGAAGAUCCCCAACCGGGACAGUGGAAUUGACAGCCCAUCCUCCAGCAUUGCCGGUGAGAACUUCCCUUGUGAGGAGGGCAGUGACCCCACCAUGUUGGGGUUGCAUCCUGAAACAGCCAUGGACAGUCAGAUAUCACAGAAUUCACUCCAAGAAGAGGACAACAAUGAUGUGGAUGAGGACCCUGACGCUGAGAACACCCCCUUGAAGGCUGACGAUGUUGGCCUGGCCCAGUGCUCCCACCACCAGAAGCUGCUCCAGAUCGCCCAGGAACUCCUGCACACGGAGGAGACCUAUGUGAAGCGGCUGCACUUAUUGGACCAGGUUUUCUGCACUCGGCUGACAGAAGCAGGUAUCCCCCAGGAAGUCACCACUGGCAUCUUCUCUAACAUCUCCUCCAUCUACCGCUUCCACGGGCAGUUCCUGCUUCCUGAGCUGCAGACACGAAUCACUGAGGAGUGGGACACAAAUCCCCGGCUUGGGGACAUCUUGCAGAAGCUGGCUCCAUUCCUGAAGAUGUAUGGCGAAUAUGUCAAGAACUUUGACCGGGCAAUGGCGCUGGUGAGCACAUGGACCCAGCGCUCACUGCCAUUUAAGGAUGUAAUUCACAGCAUCCAGAAGCAAGAGGUGUGUGGGAAUUUGACACUGCAACACCACAUGCUGGAGCCUGUGCAGAGGGUUCCCCGUUAUGAGCUGCUGCUCAAGGACUAUCUGAAGAGGCUCCCCAGAGAUGCUCCAGACUGGAAGGAUGCAGAGAGGUCGCUAGAGCUCAUCUCCACAGCCGCCAACCACUCCAAUGCAGCCAUUAGGAAAAUGGAAAAAAUGCACAAGCUUCUGGAGGUAUACGAGCAACUGGGUGGAGAAGAGGACAUUGUCAAUCCAGCCAAUGAGCUGAUAAAGGAGGGCCAAAUUCAGAAGCUGUCAGCCAAGAACGGCACAGCCCAGGACCGCCAUCUCUUCUUAUUCAACAGCAUGGUCCUCUACUGUGUGCCUAAACUGCGGCUCAUGGGCCAGAAGUUCAGUGUCCGGGAGAAAAUGGACAUCUCUGAUCUCCAGGUACAGGAUAUUGUCAAGCCAAAUGCAGCACCUACAUUCACCAUAAAGGGAAGAAGAAGGUCCUUGGAGCUCCAGACUCGGACAGAAGAAGAGAAGAAAGAAUGGAUUCAGGUCAUUCAGGCCACCAUUGAGAAGCACAAGCAGAACAGUGAGACCUUCAGAGCUUUCAGUGGUGCCUGCAGCCAGGAUGAGGAGUCCAGCUUGUCUCCAGACUCACCCGUGGUGAACACAAGUUCUAUGGAGCCUGUGGGGGUGACUGACAGCAGUGGGAGUGCCACAGGGUUUGAGUCCAAAAAACUAUCUUCUAAGACCAGACGUGACAAGGAAAAGCAGAGCUGCAAGAGUUGCGGGGAGACUUUCAACUCCAUCACCAAGAGGAGGCAUCACUGCAAACUCUGCGGGGCGGUCAUCUGUGGGAAGUGCUCCGAGUUCAAGGCAGAGAACAGCAGACAGAGCCGUGUCUGCAGAGCGUGCUUCCUGAGAGAACCAGUAGCUCCCAUGAAGCCCAGCUCCGAAGCUGCCACAGAGUCCAAGCAGCUCACGGAGAAGCCACUUGCUGCAGAUUCCAGGCCCAGCUUACUCUCUGGCCCCCUAAGACUGUCAGACAAUGGAAUGGACUGGAGUGAGGUAUGGGCCGCCAUCCCUGAAUCAGACUCCCAGGUGCUGGACCUGCAAGGAAACAGCCAGGCUGCUCUACUGCCAUGCACCAUCCAUCUCCCUGGCUGCACAGUGAGUGUACCAGACCCCGAGGAGCACCCACAGGCAGGGCACGUGUGGAAGCUGCAGAAGGGCCAGCAGACCUGGUACCUGAGUGCCUCCUCUACAGAGCUACAACAGCGCUGGCUAGAGGUCCUGACCACCACUACUCUUGGAGACACCAUCCAGGACAGCCCAGAAACCCUGUAAGUCCCAGGACAUGACAGCAUGGCCAUUCCAUGAGCCCAGCCCCACAUGGCCCUUUGCACUGCCAUGUCAGACCUGUGAUCUGGGAGGUGACAUUGGAGGUUACAUGAAGGAAUGAAGACUGCCACUGGCCCAGAGCUUGGAGCAUUUGGCUUUGGAAGUUUCCUUUUGCUUUGGAAAGGAGGAGACAAAAGCUCAAACACAAACAGCCACUUGUCCAGGGGCCAUCCAGCAAUUCCUGGGCAAGAGCUCAGCUUCUGGUUCUUAGCCCCAGAGAUGUGGCCAGAGCAGUGAGCAUGGGCCACUGCCAAGAUAAAUGUCACUGAGCUGGUUGUGUGGUGGCAUCAACUAACAAAAGGCAGAAAGGAGGCCCAGGGAUGGUCUGCUGUUGCCCCUGGAUUAGGCAGAGCUGCCUGUGGCCCAUCUUGGCUUGUGCACAUCCUGUCCACUAUGUGAACUAGACUGUGACUCACCUCCCCUUUCUGCCUUUUCCCAAGACUCUGCCUCACAGUGUAUCUCCCUGGGUGAGCAAGAGGUCGACCUGCCCCAUUUCAUCUGGACACAUGGUUCCUGAACACCACACUGGAAAGUUCUUCAGGGAAGCUGGUCUUGUCCCUGAGUGGCAGGCAUGUGAGGCUUAUGGCUGACCCCUUAGAGGGCAGAUGCAGUGCUUGUCUAUGUAAAUAAAUGUUGGCUGUUAGCAGCAGGUGUGGCCUCAGCAUCCUCUACCCCUCUACCAGGCAGAUGAAGUGUGGGGAACCAGGAUGGCAGAAUUGCAUGGACCGCAUGCAGGCUUACAAAGCAGCUCUGCAACCCUGGUGCUGCCUGAAGCAGGCAGACAUCUGACCAUACAGCAGAAUGGAGAAUGUCAUAAAGGUCAGGGGUUGAGAUGGUACUCUGAGAGGACUUAGAGACCAGUGAUGGGAUCUGGUCCUUCAGGAUACUCCCCUCUGACAUCCACACUGCUUUGGAAUACCUGAGCAGACAUGAGAGGCACCUCCCAUUGAGAGGGAGGGGCUAGAACCAGAAAUGGGUGGUUGUCACAGGUAAGGUUAGGUGUGAGAGAGGGCACAAUUAGAACACAGGUAGGUUUAUGCAAAAGCUGGCUGGAAUGUUUGUGGGAUGCCAAAAAUGACUGCACACAUCUGGGCCUCUGAGUGGCACUCACUAUGAGGAAACUGAGGCUAGGGUCAGGAGCAAAGCAGCUAGAGAACUUCCACAUUGGAUGGUGCCCACCUGGGAGAAAUGGACUGCCUCCUUCUGGCUGCUAUAACUCAAGUUGGGGCAGGGGCAGUGGUGCAGGGGGCACAGGUGUCCACAAUGACCUCAGAAGGCUCUUAGAUGGACAAAGAGAUGGGGCUCAGUCAGGUAAGUGAGCAGAAACCAGAGCAGGAAAAUGUGGGGAGCCCCAACCAAUGUUCUUCUUCCUUAGACUUCUCCCUUCUACCUCAGGGCCUUUAUAUCUGCUGUUGCCUGUGCCUGGGGCUUUUUCUGCAGAUUCUUCUAGGGCCUCCUGAGCCAUUGUCUACUGUUUUGUUUAACUCUAUAAUCUCUUGUUUAACAUAUUUCCCCAUGUAGAAUACAAGCAUGAAUUCUUAUAUUCA